CCCGCUCGGCCCAGGCCAGCCCGCAGCUGCGGCGGUCGGUGCGCUGCAGGCGGCGCGGGGGAGCCGGCUCCUGACAGCAUCCCGCGGCUGCCACGUCUGUCACUCUGUCCCAGGGUCCGCCAUGGCCCUGGUGCGGGACCCUGAGCCGGCGGCCGGAUCCUCCCGCUGGCUGCCCACGCACGUCCAGGUGACCGUGCUGCGGGCCAGCGGGUUGAGGGGCAAGAGCUCGGGCGCCGGCAGCACCAGCGACGCGUACACGGUGAUCCAGGUGGGCCGAGAGAAGUACAGCACCUCGGUAGUGGAGAAGACGCAAGGCUGCCCGGAAUGGUGCGAAGAGUGUUCGUUCGAGCUGCCGCCUGGAGCCCUGGACGGCCUGCUGCGGGCACAGGAGGCAGAUGCGGGCCCUGCGCCCUGGGCCUCCGGCCCCAACGCCGCCUGCGAGCUCGUGCUCACCACCAUGCAUCGCUCACUCAUCGGCGUGGACAAGUUUCUGGGCCGGGCAACCGUAGCUCUGGACGAGGUCUUCCGCGCAGGCCGCGCCCAGCACACGCAGUGGUACAGGCUUCACUCCAAGCCAGGCAAGAAGGAAAAGGAGCGCGGUGAGAUCCAGGUGACCAUCCAGUUCACACGGAACAACCUGAGCGCCAGCAUGUUUGAUCUCUCCAUGAAGGACAAGCCACGGUCUCCCUUCAGCAAGCUCAAGGACAGAGUGAAGGGCAAGAAGAAGUAUGAUCUCGAAUCUGCCUCAGCAAUUCUUCCAAGCAGCGCCCUGGAGGAUCCUGAGUUAGGCAGCCUGGGCAAGAUGGGCAAAGCCAAAGGUUUCUUCCUCCGAAACAAGCUACGCAAGUCCUCGCUCACACAGUCUAACACCUCUCUGGGCUCUGACAGCACCUUGUCUUCCACUAGUGGCAGCCUGGUCUACCAGGGACCUGGGGCGGAGCUCCUCACCCGCUCACCAAGCCACAGCAGCUGGCUGUCCACUGAAGGGGGUAGGGACUCUAUACAGUCCCCCAAGCUGCUCACCCACAAGAGGACAUACAGUGAUGAGGCCAGUCAGCUUCGAGCAGCUCCUCCCCGGGCCCUUCUUGAGCUCCAAGGCCACCUUGAUGGUGCCUCCCGCUCUUCCCUCUGCGUCAAUGGGAGCCAUGUGUAUAAUGAGGAACCUCAGCCCCCCUUACGGCACCGCAGCUCCAUCUCAGGCCCCUUUCCACCCUCAAGCUCCUUACACAGUGUCCCACCUCGGUCCUCUGAGGAGGGGUCUCGGUCCUCGGAUGACUCUUGGGGCAGAGGCAGCCAUGGCACCAGCAGCUCAGAGGCAGUGCCUGGACAGGAGGAGCUGAGCAAGCAGGCCAAAGGAGCCAGUUGCUCUGGAGAGGAGGAGGGGGCCCGGCUACCUGAGGGGAAGCCAGUCCAGGUUGCCACCCCCAUGCCGGCCUCCUCUGAGGCUGUGGCAGCAGAAAAGGAUCGGAAGCCCCGAAUGGGGCUCUUCCAUCACCACCACCACCAAGGGUUGAGUCGGAGUGAGCUGGGGCGCCGUGGCUCAGUCGGGGAGAAAGGGAGUCCGUCCCUGGGAGCCUCCCCCCACCAUUCAUCCACCGGGGAGGAAAAGGCCAAGAGUAGCUGGUUUGGCCUGAGAGAAUCCAAGGAGCCAACUCAGAAGCCAAGCCUGGACGUGUCUCCUCAGGUAGAAUCUGACCCAGCUGCUCCUCACCCCUGCUCCCCCCAGGCUCUGGCCCCCCCUCCUGCUCCCGCUGCUGCUCCCAUGCUAAGCACUAACCUUUUUGCAGUCACCUCCCCUGCCGCUGCCACUGCCNCUGCUGCCACCAUUGUCCUUGAAGCCACCCCAUCCGGAUUCUUGGGGGUCACCAACCCGUUCCUCAACUCCUUGCAGAGCAACCCCUUCUUCGAGGAUCUCAAAGCCGACAUAGCACUAAAUUCUCCUUCACCUGCUCCCUCUCUCCCCAGUGCCUCGAGGGCCAGCCUGGCCCCCCUGGCCUCCCCUGGGAAAGCCCUGCCUGAGUGGGACGACACCUUCAACAUCUUUGCUGCUGGCAGGCUGCAGCAAGAGGCCGGGAGUGGGAUCCUGGCCCCUGCAGGAAUGGGGCUGGAGGAGGAUGGGCUGCAAGACCCAGGCCCUAGGACCAUGGCAGUGAAAGCGACAGAGCCCCAGGGAGAGCCUGGGAGAGGAAGAAGAGGAAGCAGCAUAUGGCUAGAGCCCAAGGUUUCUGUGGACUCAGAACUGGACCAGCCAAGCACAAGUAUGUCUGACCCAGGACCCUUUGGGUCUUCAGGGACUGGUCCAUCCUCCAGGGCAGCCCAGUUGCACCUGCAAGCCUCAGCCUCAACACCAGACCGGGAGCUUCCUGCCUCAGAAGGGGGAGCGGGGCAGAGUCCAGCAGAUAGUGGGGCAUCUCUGUUCAGCUCCCCAGAAGUUCUCAGUGUGUGGGAGAGAUUUCCUGGUUCAGAUGACACUCCUGGAGGCCGAGAUGAGGAGGCCCCCCAAGAUGGAAGCCAGCUUUUCCAGGAGCUGAACACAGUAGAGGAUUCCUGGCCUUGGGAUGUGAUCACCAUUUCUCCUACAGCAGAGGUCGCUUCACCUGUCACGAAGGGAGAAUCCGAUGGGGUACUUUCUUNCCAGGUGCAGCCUGAAUCUCCAGAUACUGUGCCCCCCAUGGGGAGCGAAGGGCUCCCAGCAUUGCUGGAGCCAGAGCCAGAGCAGGGAUUGGAUGAGGGGCCAUGGCUUGGCCCUCCACCUCCCAAGCCACCACGCCUCUUCACACCCACCAAUUCUCAGGUGGAGGAGGAGGAGGAGGAGGACAAAGAGGAGGAAGAGAAUGCUACAGGGGGGCUAAGUAGCAGGGGACCAGGGGUAGAAAAAGACAGCACCCCCAGUGCAUUGGUUAUUGGUCCCCAAGAAUCUAAGGAGGAAUGGGUAAAUCCAGAGUUGGAGAAAUUGCAUAGACUGCCCUCUGGAACCCUGAUAGGUAAGUCAGAACUUGAAGACCCAGUAGGAGAAACUAGUGGCCCUGUGNUUGGGGACUGUCCACCUAGGCCCGCCAGCUGCCCUGAGGGGCCUGUCCCCAGAUCCCAUAACUCAAUCAGCUCCACUCUGCUGAGUCAGAAGGUCUUGGGGACCUCAGAGACNGAGGAGGGCUUUGAAANCAAGAGUCAGGAGCUAGCCAAAGAGGGGUUUGGGCCUCUCUCAGUCCCCUCCCAGCAGUCAGGUAUGCGGGCCAAGGAAGAGGAGGAGGGGGAGGAAGAGGAGGAAGAGGAAGAGGAGGAGGCAUUGGAGACCUCCAAUCCCUUCUUAUGUCAGGAAAGCCAAGAUCCCCCCAGCCUCCCAUCCAUAUCAGCACCAGGGUCAAGGGGAUCCUCUAUCCACUCUGGUCCAGAAGAGUUGCCCACACCCCCAGAACCUGCCUUCCCACCGCCCCCUCUCCCACCCUGGGCCAGCCACCGCCACGGCGUGCCAGGCCCUCCGUGCCCUCCCCUGCCUAUAGCCUGGCCCUUGACNUCUUCUUCCUCACCUCCCGAGGAGUCAGCUUCACCCCUCGGUCCCCCUGAGCUCUCCCCCACUGGGGGCUCCCCUACACCAUAUGGGGAAGACCAUGCUGCAGCCACCCCAGCCUCCCCGCUUGUGCUUCUGCCCCUGGAGACACGACCAGCUGAGGAGCCCCAGCCCAGCAGCAGUCCCCACCCUGUGAAACCCCUUACUGCUGCCCCUGUGGAGGCUAGCCCNGACAGGAAACAGCCCCGUACCAGCCUGAGCACAGCCCUGAGUAGCGGACUGGAGAGGCUCAAAACUGUCACAUCUGGCGGCAUCCAGUCUGUGCUUCCAGCGUCCCAGCUUGGCUCAAGUGUGGACACCAAGAGGCCGAAGGAUUCUGCUGUGCUGGACCAGUCGGCCAAGUACUAUCACCUGACUCAUGAUGAGCUCAUUGGCCUGCUCCUGCAGCGUGAGCGUGAGCUGAGCCAGAGAGACGAGCAUGUGCAAGAACUAGAGAGCUACAUUGACCGGCUGCUGGUGCGGAUCAUGGAGACCUCGCCCACACUGCUGCAGAUCUCC